GGGGUUGGCUGAGGGCUGUGCCGGGUGCCGCGGUACCUUGUGGGAAGACAGAAAGAUGGCGGCGCCCGUAGGGCGUACUCUUUUAGGGGUGGCUAGAGGCUGGCGGCAGCUUGACAGGCUCUGGGCAGGUAGUUCUCGUGGCCUGUCCCUUGAGGCUGCGCCCUCCAGCAGCCGGUCUCCAUGGCGCUUGUCGGGCGCCUUGUGUCUGCAGCGGCCACCGCUGAUCACCAAGCCUCUCACCCCAUUGCAGGAAGAGAUGGCGGGUCUGUUACAGCAGGUAGAGAUAGAGAGAAGCCUGUAUUCAGACCAUGAGCUCCGUGCUCUGGAUGAAGCUCAGCGACUGGCAAAGAAGAAAGCUGACUUUUAUGAUGAGGAACAAGAACGGGGCAUUAUGCUCACACAAGACUUAGAAGAUAUGUGGGAGCAGGCAUUCCUCCAGUUCAGACCUGGAGCCCGGGAGACAGAAGCCGAUAAAAAAGAUGACAGAACCUCGUUGCAUCGUAAGCUAGACAGAAACCUUGUCCUCCUAGUCAGGGAGAAACUUGGAGACCAAGAUAUUUGGAUGCUUCCUCAAAUCGAGUGGCAGCCUGGGGAGACCCUUCGAGGGACAGCUGAGCGAAUCCUGGCCACACUCUCAGAAAACAACAUGGAAGCCAAGUUCCUAGGGAAUGCACCCUGUGGGCACUACAAGUUCAAGUUCCCCAAGGCAAUUCGGACAGAGAGUGACCUUGGGGUCAAAGUUUUCUUCUUCAAAGCUCUGCUGCUCACCGGAGACUUCGUGCAGGCUGGGAAAAAGGGCUGCCAUGUGUGGGCCAGUAAGGAAGAGCUGGGUGACUAUCUGCAGCCCAAGUACCUGGCUCAGGUCAGGCGAUUUCUCCUGGACCUCUGAUGGAUUCAGCUGUCCGUGAACGUUGCUCACACAAGUCAAGUGUAGGACCUCAGGAACAAUGUUGACGGACAUUUACAGGACUGUCAAGCAGCAAACUCAAUUCUGAGAAUUCAGUGUGUCUGUCAUUGUGUUGAAGUUUGAUUUGUCCUUGGAGAACAACUGGCUUUGUCAAUUGAAGAGAGGCCAAAACAGUUAUUUCUCUAUAGCAAGUUAAAGCAUUAUGUUACAGUGAAAUAACAGACCUACUGGGCCCAGAAUAAAAAGAAAUGAAUAGAUCCAAA